UCCUCAAGUCCCAAAAUCUCAAACUUCAUAAAAUAAGUCGGCAGGGCGUGCAGAUUUAGCCCGGACCCCAUACGGUUCUCUCUCUGUCCGCGAGGCCUCUGCUCCGCCUCCACCUCCGCCGUUGAUCGACUCUACCUACACCGCCACUGCUUCCGCCACCACCAUCGCCUGCACGCCAACCCGCGGCCCCGGCGCCCGGUCGACAAGAGAUCCCAAAAAAGCCGGAGGCCGGAAAUCCUCUUCUCCCUUCGAUGGGAACCGCGAGAUUCUGCGCCGGCUUCCUCUUCUUUCUUCUUCUCUUGCCCCACGAUCGCUUCCAUAACGCCGUUUCAGCCGAUGAGAUCUUCACAUCGACAUCCGGUGUAACAUUUGGACGGAGUUCUCGUGAACCAAAAUACAAGAUUGAAUUUCAUUCAACAGAGUCACCUUUUCAUCCUGAGAAUGACCUGGAGUCAGUGAUGAUGUCCAAUAAAGAGGGGCAAAGUUACAUGUGUUUCUUGCCUUUGGUUGAGGAAACAAAAACUGUGAGGUCCAUUUCCCCACAGAAUUCAAGUAAUAUCCUUUUAGAAAGUGACCGGAGGAUCAAGUUGAAGACACCAGAUGAGCUGAUUGAUGUGAUAAAAGACAAGUGCUUCUACAGACAUGAAGGUUGGUGGUCUUAUGAAUUUUGUUACCAGAAACAUUUGCGACAACUUCAUUUGGAAGAUGAUAAGAUUGUUCAAGAAUUUGUUUUGGGUGUGUUUGACCCUGAGGUAACAGCUACUUUCAACCAGAACCAGUCUGAUGUUUCCAUGGUAAAAGAUCCUCGCUCCAAAGAUGCCUCUCAAAGGUAUCAUGCUCAUCAAUAUACUAAUGGAACCAUUUGCGACCUUACAAAUCAACCUCGAGAGACUGAGGUUAGGUUUGUAUGCUCAGAGCCUGUGGUGAUAAUCAGUUCCAUCAAAGAGAUCUCUACUUGCAAGUAUGUUGUCACACUUCAAUGCCCGAUGCUUUGCAAGCACCCGAUGUUUCAACAAGAAAGGCCAACAUGGCACACCAUCCACUGCAAUGAGAUGCCCCGAGAUGUCAAAGACUCAUCGGUAGAAGACAGCCUUAAAGGCACGCAGAUUACAAUAAUCACUGAUGACACUGAACGAUAUGCAACUUGAUUUUAGGUCCCCCCAAACCCAAAAGACCAGAAAAUGACAUGUAAUAGAGGUCUCUAGUGAGUCUUAAAAAUAGUAGAUUCCUGACAGAACUGAGUGUGGCUUCUAUCCAAUUUGUAAUUUCAUGGACAUAUUUUAUUUUUUUGGUUAUAUGAAAUGAGAGUCUAUUGAUGGAUACC